AUGACCAGAAACCGAACAAGCGUCUUUCAAAACUUCAAAAAAAUGGUGAAAUUGAUGAAGAAAGACCUCGAAUCUCUUACUCAAAAAGUAGAUAGGCUAGAAAAAGAGUUCGAAUCGCCGGUGGAAACUGAGAAUAGAAAAUUCAUUGAUAAUCUGACUCAAAGAGUUGAGGAUCUGGAGCACAAACAUCAAUUGCAAGUGGAAAUGAACGUCAAAGAACUCAAAAAUGUUAUCCAGAAAUUAGAGACAUUGGAGCGAGCGAAAAUCGACGAUAUGAAACUGACUCACAGUCUUGCUGAAAAAGUAGAUAAUCUUCAGGAUCGCCUUAAAUUGCAAGAAGAAAUAAGCGAUCUCAUGCAAAAAAUCAUCAUCAAACAAUUUGCAUCCUCUCCUUCUCAUGAUAUCCAGCUUCGCGUCGUACCGGCUGUUGAAGAAGAUGUUGUUUUCUACGCAAGAAAAUUGAUUGAGUCUUACCGAUGGAAAAACCCUAACCCUGUCAUAUUGGGAAUCCCCACCAAAAAAUAA